UAAAUAAAGGUUUUCCUACACUCGUAGCUUAUCAUUCAGUGUGUCCUGUGUUUUAUCAAGUGAGCUGCUUUGAAGUAACUAUGCCUGAUCCAGCCAAGUCCGCUCCUGCGCCCAAGAAGGGCUCCAAGAAAGCGGUGACCAAGACCCAGAAGAAGGGGGAUAAGAAGCGCCGCAAGACCAGGAAGGAGAGUUACUCCAUUUAUGUCUACAAGGUGCUGAAGCAGGUUCACCCCGACACAGGCAUCUCUUCCAAGGCCAUGGGCAUCAUGAACUCCUUCGUCAACGACAUCUUCGAGCGCAUCGCCGGGGAGGCGUCUCGCCUGGCGCAUUACAACAAGCGCUCCACCAUCACCUCCCGGGAGAUCCAGACCGCCGUGCGCCUGCUGCUGCCCGGGGAGCUGGCCAAACACGCCGUGUCGGAGGGCACCAAGGCCGUGACCAAGUACACCAGCUCCAAGUAACUGGGGAGGGUCUCUGAAAAAACACAACGGCUCUUUUAAGAGCCACCUACUUAUCCAUGAGAGAGCUCUGGUUACUUUAACGGAUAGUGUUUAACCUCUAACUUCCAGAUGUAUUGAGAGAGUCUGUAACUUCUCUUGCAGUUUAUCCCCAGUGUUAAAUUCCACUAAUCUAUAACAUCCUGGCAAAUUACAACUCUAGUUGAUAUCGGGAUAAGAGAUGGGAUUUACGUGCAUAGUAAAGAGAUUUACUCUUCACUUGAACGGACCUGAUAAUUGAGUUAAUUAGAAAAAUAUCAGAACUUUGAAGGAUUAUGCAGUUUUUAAUAUUCUCCCUCAGCCCUGCAUGCCUGGAGCAGUAUUAAUCAGUUUAAACAAUACAUUCUAUUUAUAUUUACCUGUUAUACCCCCCAAGUACAUUUUCCAGACCUUUGAGAACUAGAAGCUUAUCUCUCAGCAACAAAGCAUUUCCUCUCCUGAUGGCUUGCAGAUACUAAAUACUGUAGCUGAUUCUUGUAUCAUUCCUUAAAUAGAUGUUAGAAGGCAUAGAAAACCAC